AUGUCGGACGAAUAUUUCGAUAGUAGUUCAGCCAAGUGGGGUAUCCUGGAUUUUUUGAACAGCUCUGACAUUGAAGCAUUCGAUGAAAAGAUGGAUUUUUACAUAAAGACUCUUGAAAGUAUCUCCGAUAAUGAAAAAGGCACUAGUCCCAUUGGGGCAACAGGUGGCUUACUGGGUUGCCUGAUGUUCAAGGGAAAUGACCGUAAACUUGCUAAAUAUUGGGAGCAAACACGUAGAUCAGGCGAAAAGUAUAGAAAACCAUUAAUUAACGUUAAUAACGUUAAUAAUUCCAUUUCUGUAAGUGGAGGUGGAACCAUAGGAUCCAUAAACAGUGGAGUUAACAAUAACAAAACCUUCCCACCUAGGAAAAGAUAUCAGGAAGAGUACGAUUCAAAUGAAGUAGCUUCCAAAAGAAAGCGUCAAAAUGCUGGAGACAGAAAUACUAUAAAUUCAACUGAAUCUGUGGAAAUCAUCGAUGACUCAGAAAGCGAGACCGAACCGAUUGAUAUAGAUCAAGAUGAAGAAGAAAUUGGGAGGCUCACACGAGAUGAGGUUGACAUUCGUAACAAAUUACUCAAAAUUCUUACUGCACAUCAAGAAAAAGAUAAAGAGAUUGGGAAAGAUUUUUUGAAAUCGAUAUAUCUCAAUAAUAUUAUAAAUUUAUCAGACAACGAAACACAUAAACAUGUUAAAGGGUCUUUGAACAAGAAUCAAAUUAUAUGGCUUGAAAAUGUUCUUCAGAAAAAAAGUUGGAAUCCAACUUCCGAAUUUACACAAUACAUCAAUCAAUUUACCGAGGAU